AGUUGGAGUCGGAUUGCUAAGAAAGACGGUUGUGUUUACUCCUCUUGAAUUUCUUGUACAGUUCCCUCACCAUUUCAUGUGAACUUCCUGCCCAGUGUCUCGUGUUCGUUGUGUGCAACUCAGAAUGCAGUGGAGGGUGAAUAUUGUUGGUUCUGUUUGAGUGAAAGAGCCCAAGAGUUUGUGCAAGAAUUUCCAAAGAGCCGAACAACGAUCCACAAAUGUGAAAUUGCAGAACUCAAAGUGGAUUAAUUUAAUUCAAAAAAAUACUCCAGAGUUUUUUUUUUGUGUUUACCUCAGCAAAACCCACUCUUUAACGAAAAAGAGUUCGUGUUGGAAAAUACAAAACCUCCAAAUAAGGAUUACACAAUUUCACCUGGAAUACUUUUCACCUCUCAUAAUUGAUUUAUCACCUAUCCAACAUCCAGAGAAGAGAUCUUCUUGAAACUCAUCUAUUUCAUCGAGAUUUCUGCUGUGACUCAACAAUUUAAGACGUAACUUAUGGUGACUUAAUAAAAGGAUUAUUAAUGAGGAUAUCUGAGUCAUAUCUCAAAUUGUACAUAUACAAGACAAAAAAGUGCUGCUGAUUAAUAUGCUUCCGGGGCUCUUGAUUCUUCUGUCUCUCCAAAUUGCUGUUCAAGGUCAACCGGCUCUAUUGGACUCUCGCUGCUACCUGGACGGCGGUGGAUCAGCUGAGAGUUUUCUGGCCAGCGAAGAUGUGGCCGUGGGAGCUGUGAUUGGCAAGUUGCGGAUCAAUGGUGAUCCCAGUGCUGAACAUGGUGACAUCAAAUUAUCUCUCCGUGAACGCGAUUCUCCGGUGGCAAUUGCUCCGGGUUCCAAGGACAUUGUCUUGGUGACACCACUGGAUAAGGAGGGCGUCCGUGGACCAUCGUCGGUGUAUGUAAAUGUGAUUUGCGACCGUAGACAUUCCAACGAUCCGAGUUUCGUCAUUCCUGUGAAUAUUCGUGUGACGGAUGUCAAUGAUAAUGCUCCGCAAUGGGUAGGUGCCCCCUAUUCCCUCACUCUGUCCGAAGUCACGGUACCUGGCACGAGAAUCCUUCAGGGUGCUAGGGCUAUAGAUUUGGAUCAGCAGGGUCCUUUUUCAACUGUGGAAUACACAGUUUUGCCUGGACCUCAUUCAGAUGUUGUAUCCUUUGUCAGUCCCUUGGAAGGUACCUUGAUCCUAAGGAAAGCUUUGGAUUAUGAGACCCUUAAGAAUUUCACUGUAAAGCUAAGGGCUCAGGAUCAAGGAACACCUCCAAAAUUUUCAGAUACAACUCUUCGAGUAACGAUCACUGAUGCAGAUGAUCAGAAUCCUAAAUUCCUAAAGGACUCUUAUCGGGGAGACCUACCGAUAGACGGGAAGACUGGUGAACUUCAGAUUCAGCCAGAACCAAUAAAAGCCCUGGACCAAGAUGAAGGUCUCAGAGCCACUCUUCAGUACUCAAUUGCUCCAUCUCCUGAGUCCAAGUAUUUCUCAAUUAAUCCCAGGACAGGUGUUCUGUCCCUGAUAACACCUUUGAAUCCUAUUGAUGUGGCUCAGACUGUGACUCUCGUGAUAAAAGCUACGCAAGUUGACAAUCCAGAUAGAUAUGCUUUGACCACUCUUGUGCUUUCGAGGCGUGAUUCCAAGCAGACUGGGGCAGAACUUGCUUUCCUUCAGCCCCGGUAUCAUGCUAGAGCGAGGGAGGAUUUGGGUGUUGGUAGUCGAGUCCUAGUCCUCACGACUAACCGUCCCACUAGGCAUCUUCGUUUUCAAAUUCUGGAUAAGGUCCAAGCUACAUUUUUCUCCGUGUCCAAUGCUGGAGAGGUCUUACUGCAGAAGUCACUGGACUAUGAGAAUGCUACAAGACACACCUUCGAUGUGAGGGCUACGGAUGGUGUGAGCAAUGCCACGGCUCAAGUGACAGUGGAAGUGAUUGACGUGAAUGACUGGGAACCGAGAUUCCGGGAAUCACACUAUGAGUUCAUCGUACCUAAAGCUCUGCUCACGGCAGAGCCCGUAGCUCUGGGAAAAUUGGAAGCAGCUGAUGGUGAUCGCAAUGAUAGAAUAGUAUUGGAUCUCAAAGGUGCCCUUUCUGAUCUCUUCAGCAUCGAUUCUAGGGGUGUACUGUGGCUACGCAGGGAGAAGCCCAAUAUCACGAUGGUCAACCUAAUUGCCACAGCCACGGACAAUGGGAAUCCUCCGAAGAGCACAUCAGUUCCUGUAUCGGUGCGGAUGGAGGGUCUGGCACUGGCUCAGUCAACUUGGGCUCCUGGCGUGCUUGGGGCAUUUGGAGUUGUCCUAACACUAUUCAUUCUUGCCACCAUCGGACUCUCCAUCUACAUUUACAAAAGCAAAAAUCCAAAAACCACGAAUAGAAUCCAUAGUCAGGCCAAUAGCACAACUUCUGCAGCGAAUCUCGUGAGCAACGAAAAGAAGUCCGGAGUUACGGGAGGUUUGAAGCUGGCUGGUGGAAACAUGACCAUUGGAAAUCCUAUUGGAGGGGGUCAUGGAGGUUCCGGGAGUAGCUUAAGUGCUGGAGCAUCUACAAUCCUUGCUGCAAGUCUAGAAAGGGAAGCUCAGAGAGAGCGAGAACGUGACAACUACACCGCGACUGUUAGAAGCAUAAUUUCGAGGGCCUCAGCUGCACGGAAUGGUCUCUACGAUGGUGACAUCGAGAGGGAUUCCAUAUCAAAUCCUGAUAUUGCCCGAACAACUUGGGGCGAAGCAGCGUCAAAUGGGAAUUUGGCAAGGAAAAAAUUAAGUUGGGGUGGAAGUGGUGAUCCGAAUAAAAAUGAAAUUGGUUCCUUGGACAAUAUUGGUGGUUCGACGGAGAACAAUUUGACUGUAUACUUCUGAUAACAAUCCAUUUUUAUUUUCCUUGAGCAUUUACUUGUGAUUCCACUAACGAACUCAUCCAACAAAUCGAGAUUGUCGCCAAAGGUGUGUUUUUUUCAUUAAAAAACGAUUUACAUUGUACCAGUAUUUUUUAAGUUUAAACUCAUAGAAUUAAGAUUUAAUUUAGAUUCUAGAACAAUGUAUAAUUUGUAAAAUAAAUAAAAUUUCUAGGUGAAAA